AUGGCACCAUCAGACAAGAAGAGUUUGAAAGAGAUCGCACAAGAUAGCAACCCAAGUCAGCUUGGAGAUCCUGUAUCGUUGAAGGCUGAGACAUCCAACACGGAGCCAACCGAUCAGGACCGAGGAGCGAAAGGAGGGGAGAAGUCGUUGAAGCAGAUUGCUGAAGACAAGAUGAAGACGAACCCUACACAACUUGGCGAUCCGGUGAGCCUUAAGGCGGAGACAUCGGACACUGAGCCAACAAAUGAUGAUCGCGGUGCGCGGGGCCCAACGAAGAGCAGUGGAAAGCCAAAGAUGUGA